AUGUCCUCUUUUUCUGAGAAUAUGGUGGGGCUCAUUGUUGGACUAGAAAGAGGAGUGCUCCCAAAGCUAGAGACUCUCACGGAUCUUUUGGAUAAAGUAGCAGAGACUCGAAGUGAAGACACAGCGAAAAUGGGGCCUGACCUUUGGCAUCUCUGCAUAAAACUUGAUAAAGAGCUUGACGCGAUGACUGAUACCACUGAGGACUUUACUCAAAUAUACUGUGCCCUCCAUUUGCUGGCCUUUCGCUUGUAUCAGGUUGAAAGUGAGACCAUGGAUAUGCAGCGUGGUCUUACGCUCUUCGUAGUUGCUCUCAGAUCGCUCGGUCAGCUAAUAAGGCACCACUGGAGUCGACCACCCACGGCAUUCAGUAGCAAGAUAUGGAGCUCUAAGACGUACGACGAUUUACUGGUUUGUCUCUCAACAGUAUUCAAGCUUGUUCUUCAGCCGUCCUUUCUGUUCAAGUCUGGGUCACCAGAGCUUCUGCAGCAGAUAUUCAUGUAUCAUAUUGUUGAGCUCAAAUUCCUUUUCAUUCAAGUCUACGAAUCAGGGGAUAGCAGCGUGCUCCUUGAUCGCCUUGCAUAUGCUGCCUCAUUCUAUAGAAAGGGCGACCAGCAAGAUGCUAUUAUAAACCUCAUCUUAGAUGGGAUUGCAAUCCGCUCAUAUAGACAAUCUCUUUAUAAAACAAAUAUCUCCUUCAUUGACCGUGUCUUUCGAAUCCUCAAGCAGAUGUUUGAGCUCAAGGCAGCAUCAAAGCAGUCACUUGCCAAUAUAUUGCGCACAUUUGCAGACGCAUCUAUACUACUGACGCUGAUGAAGACGCCUAUCUCUGUUGGCUAUAGCAUUGACUACUGUAUAACAAAGCCUCAGGAACUAUGUCCAUGGCCCUUUGCAGAUGCAAUCUUGAAGGUGAAGCGCACAGUCCAGCACUUAGUCACAAGCAAGCCAGCACCCGCCCGCGCAGAGUCAUGUCAGCAAAUAAAUAGUAGCAUCCAGGACGCCCUAGAUACAUGCUCCUGUAUUCAGGAUCCAGCUGGCGUUAUGUUUGCAGGGCUGUCCAAUAUACUGUCAUUCCUGGCAGAAAAUGGCUUUCUAUCUUCUGCGAUUCGUGCUGCAAAAGCCAUUAUAGAUCGCACACUAACAGGUUUGCUUAUAUUUCGCGAGGAGAUUAACAAAGGUAGCCUGUCUCCGUUUCGCUCCACACAACCGAAAGAUGGUAAAUACGCCACAGAGAUUUCAGAGAACAAUCAGCUAUACGCUACCAAGAUUGUGCUUUUAGUUCUGGACAUUGUAAUCUUAACUGGAGACACUGUAGAUCGACAAGAACUUACAUCUAUUCUGCCAACACUGAAAAGUAUAUUCAGAGUAUAUAUUGACAAUAGUAAUACCAAUGAAUACAAAGAAAUGACGGCCAUGCUACAUGACCGUUCGUUUUACCUCUUGACAGCACUAAUUUCCAGAGGCGAUAUACCGUGCCCACAGCUGCUUGAGCUUGUGCAUGGUAUGAAAAGCAAUCCUCGGUCCAUCAUCUUAGUAGUGCAGUGCGCACUUAUAGAGAUAGAGGCUCUGUGCGGUAAGGCCAGAGUAUCUUCUCAGGGAUCCUCAUCGUCUUUUUCUACGCCCUCUCAGAAUAACGGAGAAGCAAUAAAGGAGCUUUCUGCCAAUUUAAUUAGUCAGUCAACAUCCCUUCUCCGAGAUAUUCAGCAGUGGUUUACUGACAAAAGUAUGCCCAGUAACGUUUUAGCAAGGAAGCACGGCGUAACACGAUAUGAAUUCUAUUACUUGUUCAUAAGUGUCCUAAUAUAUGGCCAAGACAUAGAUAGCGCCAUCCAGCUCACAAAGCACGUGAUCACUUUGCUAGAAGUAGACGAAGAUCUUCAGCUGUUCGACUUUGAGGUCUUGGCAGCCAUCAUGGGCCUAUACAUUACUCGCCAGCACAAUGUGGGAGGUUCUCUGGUAAAUCCUAGUGCAGCGAUAACGAGUAUUCUUACAACUAUGCUCUUGGCUCUCACAAGAAGAUACUUGUCCCUUUGCGCCUUGCAUAAUAAAUACCUAAAGCUUCUAAUAGAAUAUUCUAUCGAGCUAGUGCAUGAUUUAAUACAGACAGAAGCACAGACACCCGAAGCAAACUCUAAGAUGUUUUCACAAGCCAGAGAGAUAAUAGAGUUAUAUACCGACAGGGUUGGGAUAGGCAGGCUCAUGCCACACGAGUUAUAUACCACACAGUGUGCACUGUACAAGCUAUUCAUAGCAGGCCAGUCUUCCCUUAUCAAUAAAGACCGUAAAGAGAAUACUCCCAUUGCUAUAUAUGAUGUUAUUGUCCUCUAUAGAAUUCUAAUAGAACUGACCACCGCAAUUGAAGAGCGAGAGCCCCCUACCAAAAGAUCGUUUUUCACCAUCCACAGAGAGGACCCACAAGGUCUAGUAGACCCUAUUUGUUUACCUGUAUCUUCACAGCGUCAUGGUUCACAAAACACGUUGUCUACAGCAUCAUCUUUUAUAGAGACAAAUAUUAAUUUGAAUGUUGGAUUGAUACUAUGCACAGUGGAUUCUAACCGCCCUGCUACUUCCAUAUUACGACAGGAUACAUUUGUUGGGCUUAUCUGCCAGCAUGUGCUAUCGUGGACAGCAACUACAGACAAGCAACUGGACAUAGUAGUAAGCAUGCUCUCGGCCUUGGGGAACUACCUCAGUAUCAUCUCUGAGGGAGCGGUUCCAAACCAGGAGCAACUCCCAGUUAAAACGGCUCGAUGUACUGGUCAAGCCUUCACAUUUAUUUCCAUAUCAGAUAUAUUUAAACUGAUUGGUAGAUUGCAGCAAGAAAAUAAUUCCACACCUUUACAGGUUUUUGCGUCAGAAAUACCAUUGGUACAAAUCAUGUUUCAGUACUCUGUACUACUAAUACUAAUAGCAACUAAGAUAUCCCUGAUAAGAAAAGAUAAAUGCAACGGGAUGUCCUCAGCUAUCCUGGCCACUAUAGAGUGUACAGGACACCUGGAGCUUUUGACCAAGCUGAUGGAGUAUACCCUUCGGCUGAGUCUUGAAGUUGAUUGUGGACCUGUCACUGACCUAUUACUGAAAAGAUAUACGCAGCUAGAUCCUGUGUCAUGCACGCAUACUUAUAUCGUUACUUCUUCUAGAAUAGAAACAAAUACACUGGUGGCUUUGUUGACCGCUAUAGCAGAGGCAAGUGAAAAGGACCCUAGGGUGCUCGUGAAUGAAAAGGUGCAACAGAUUGUCAACCGGUUAAACAAGGGACCCAUACAAAAUGCGGCUCUGGGCCAGCUUCUUGCGCGGCUGAAAGCUGAGUGA